AACAACUUGUCCUGCUGGAUGAAGGACAAGUACACGGAGAAGAACCUGGUGACCUGGCUGGACUCGGCCUUCAUCCGCAAGGACCCGUAUGGGGUGGUGCUCAUCAUCGCGCCCUGGAACUACCCCAUCUACCUCCUCCUGGUGCCCCUCAUCGGGGCCAUCGCUGCCGGUAAUUGUGUCAUCGUCAAACCCUCGGAGAUGAGCAGGAACACUGAGAGACUCGUGGCUGAAGUGCUGCCGAGCUACCUGGACAAGGACUGCUUUGCCGUGGUGACCGCCGGCGUGCAGGAGACCACCAGGCUGCUGGAGAACAAGUUUGACUACAUCUUCUACACUGGCAGCACCUCCGUGGGGAGGAUCAUCAUGACAGCCGCUGCCAAGCACCUGACACCGGUGACGCUGGAGCUGGGGGGCAAGAACCCCUGCUACGUGUCCGACACCUGCAACGUGCAGAACGUGGCCCAGCGGGUGGCCUGGGGCCGCUUCUUCAACGCGGGGCAGACCUGCAUCGCGCCCGACUACGUGCUGUGCAGCGCGGAGAUGCGGGAGAAGCUGCUGCCCGCUCUGCGUAAUGCCAUCGCUGAUUUUUACGGCCCCAACCCUCGGGAGUCCCCCGACUUUGGCCGCAUCGUGGGGGACAAGCACUUCCAGCGGGUGCAGGCGCUGCUGCGCAGCGGGCGCGUGGCCAUCGGAGGAGAGGUGGACGACAGGGAGCGCUACAUCGCUCCCACGGUGCUGGUGGACGUGAAGCCCUCUGAUCCUGUCAUGCAGGAGGAGAUCUUCGGUCCCAUCUUGCCCAUCGUCAUUGUGGCCAACGUGGAUGAAGCCAUUGACUUUAUCAACAGCCGUGAGCGGCCGCUGGUCGUGUAUGCCUUCUCCUCCAACGACAAGGUGGUGAACCAGGUCCUGGAGCGGACGAGCAGCGGUGGCUUCUGCGGCAACGACACCCUGAUGCACGUGACGUUGACCUCGCUGCCCUUCGGUGGGAUGGGAAACAGCGGCCUGGGGAUGUACCAUGGCAAGUUCAGCUUCGACACCUUCACCCACCACCGUGGCUGCCUGCACCGUGGCAUGGGCCGGGAGAUCCUCAACAACCCGCGCUACCCACCCUACACCCAGAAGAAGAUGGGGCUCACCCGGGCCGCCUCGGAGGUGAAGCGCAAGAGUGCCUGCACCCUGCUCUGA